AUUGGAGAAUAGUAAAAUUGUGGCCCUAUGACUAUAUAUGUAGAGAGGGAGGGAGGGAGCGAGGUGGUGUAGAUUUGCUUGUUUGACGGAAAUGUGGUGAAAUAGGCAGGAGGCGUCACAGAGGAAGAUAGCUGAAUCAGCAAUCACGACAAUGGUCAUCUUAAGACUGGGCAACACCCGCAAGGAGAAGGAAGAAGGAAUGAGGCUUGCCAAUUACGAAAUCGGCACAACUCUGGGCAGUGGCAGCUUCGGAAAGGUGAAAUUGGCCAAACACAUCGAUUCUCAUAAACUCUUUGCCCUCAAGAUCAUCGACAAGACCAAGAUCAUUCACCUCAAUAUCGCUCAUCAGAUAAAGAGGGAGAUAGCCACCCUCAAGCUUCUGAAGCAUCCCAACGUCGUCAGAUUACACGAGGUUUUAGCUAGCAAAACGAACAUUUACAUGGUCUUGGAGUACGUUGCUGGAGGAGAGUUGUUUGACAGAAUUGCAUCCAAAGGUAGGCUUAAAGAAGCUGAAGGCAGGAAGCUUUUCCAACAGUUAAUUGAUGGUGUGAGCUACUGUCACAAUAAAGGUGUCUUCCACAGGGAUCUUAAGCUGGAGAAUGUACUGGUGGAUGCCCAAGGCAACAUAAAGAUAACCGAUUUUGGCCUCAGUGCUUUGCCCCAGCACAUUAGGGCCGAUGGGUUGCUGCACACAACCUGCGGAAGUCCCAGCUAUGUUGCUCCCGAGGUCCUUGCUAAUAGAGGCUAUGAAGGUGCAACAUCAGAUACAUGGUCAUGUGGUAUUAUCUUGUUUGUAAUUCUAACGGGAUAUCUUCCUUUUGAAGAUCGGAACAUGGCCGUUCUCUAUCAAAAGAUAUCCAAAGGAGAUGUCCGGAUACCAAAAUGGCUAUCACCUGGUGCCCAAAACUUGCUAAGGAGGAUUCUUGACCCCAAUCCUCUUACCCGGAUAACACUGGCCGGCGUCAAAGAAGAUGAGUGGUUCAGGCACGAAAAUGUUCCAUCAAAUCCUGAGGACGAAGAAGAGGGAGAGAAAAAGAAUGCGUGCACCGACGAUGAAGCCUUUUCAACCCGUGACGUGCCACGUGAAGCAGAACAGAAGAGUCCUGAUUCAUCAACCCUUAUCAAUGCAUUUCAGUUGAUAGCAAUGUCUUCAUGCUUAGAUCUCUCAGGCUUCUUUGAGAAAGAGGAUGUUUCUGAGAGGAAGAUGAGAUUUACAUCCAAUCAUGCAGCAAAAGAUCUGAUCGCAAAGAUUGAAGAUAUUGGAACAGGAAUGGGAUUUAGAGUCCAGAAGAAAAAUGGAAAAUUGAAAGUGAUACAAGAGAAUAAGGCGCACAGAGGUCUGGGUGGCCUAUCGGUGGCAGCAGAGGUUUUUGAAAUAAAUCCAUCCUUGCACGUGGUAGAGUUAAGUAAAUCGUACGGAGACUCUUCUGUGUAUGGACAGCUAUGCAACAAACUAUCAGAUGAUUUGGCAGUAGCCCCGAGACAGGCGCAUGUAAAAUCAGAAGCGAGAGACAUCGGAGAGAAGACUUAACAAAGUCAUAUGAUGAAUGUAUAUAUAAGGAUUUUUUUCUAGGUCAGUUGUCUAUGUACAUAGUUGCAUAACUCAGAUGCGAAUAACGAGCUGGUGGUCGACCCCUCGAAAAAACGAGGCAAGCUAGUCGUGUAAAUGCAAGUUGCAUAGCAAGAGUACCAACUCUGAAAAUAGCGACCCUGCACUUGUUCUGUAUACUUGAAGCAAAAAUUUUGCACACAACUUCUGGAUGCCAACCAAUUAAAGAAAAAUACGGCACCAUCGAAGCUGAGGUUCAUCCAUGUAUCAAUGUAUUGAAAUACAGGCGAUAUUACGAAUG